GAAAAAGUCUGAAAUAUACCUGAACUUUGACGAAAUUUGUUGUAACACGCCUCAACUUUGCGGGGAUCCAAUGACCCCCUAGACUAUUUAUUACCGUAUUUCUAUGGCAUGUAUUUGUUUAGCUGGACCACUUCAGACUCUCACGCGCUCAGUGUGCGUGUAUUCACGAAGUGGUCUAGGUGGCAAAUAUAUGCCACAGUCCGCAAAGUUGAGGCGUGUUACAACAAAUUUCAGGUAUAUUUUGGACUUUUUUCUCUAUUAUAAUUAAAGUAAUAUCCAAUUAUGUUGUUCGGACUCUUCAAAAUGUGAUGGUUACGGUGUGUAUUGGAUCCUUCAAGAUUAGUGUAUUUUUGGAGGAUUCAACACGUGUACGGCAACACAUUCACAGAUAUCCAAUGGUUAAUUCUUAUGAAAUGAACUCUACAUUUGUAUUAUAAGAUUCAUUUAAUUUUGUACAAACAAUCUAUUCAGAACCACAAACUAAAAAAUUAACUAUAAAUAUAAUUUUGACAAAUUUAGUCAGACUUCAAAGCAAGUACUGGACACACAUAAGUGUGUGUAGAUAGAACAAUGCCACUUGUAACUCCAAGAGAAAUAAGUUCCAACAUUUUCGUUUUGCAGUUGAGAUAACAUUUUACUGUUAUUCUUUCUCCAUUUUUCUUCUUCCUCCAUCACUUUCAACGACAGCGUUUUGCUGUUGAUCAUCUCCGUUCAAAUUCCUCCGAGGCACCGAUUCCAUGGCGCUAGAACAAUCGUUUGGUGAAGACACUUCGCUAAAGAAGAGUAACAUGAUUCCAGUUCCAACGACAAACUCUGGAUGUUUCGAUUGCAACAUUUGUCUUGAUUCAGCACGCGAUCCUGUUGUCACCUUUUGCGGUCACUUAUACUGCUGGCCUUGCAUUUAUCAGUGGCUUCAAGUUGACAACUCUGCCGCGGGAUCAGAAGAGAUACCUACUAAAUGUCCGGUCUGCAAAUCUCACAUCUCAAACUGCUCGUUGAUACCUCUCUAUGGCCGCGGGACAUCAUCUGCAGAAUAUAGUUCCAACGAGUCAGAUGUCACCGUACCUCAAAGGCCUCAAGGCAUUUGGACAACAACCAGACAAGUUCAUACAUCAUCAUCGUCUAUCCAUCAAGAACAAUACUUCUCCCACCACGCCUUUGGUGGCUAUGCUGCAGCUGUAGGGCCAUCUACCUCCACGCGGUUAUUCAGCCCAAUCGUCGUGAUGUUUGGUGAAAUGUUCCUCGCGAGGAUGUUAGGGGGCUCGGACACGAGCUCUUACCCAAUCCCGGGAGGCGGUAGCACUAGAAUGAGAAGGCAAGAAAUGCAAGUGGACAAGUCUCUUAACAGACUGUCCAUCUUUCUCUUUUGUGCCUUCAUCUUGUGCCUUCUCCUAUUCUGAUCACCAAAACGGCAGCCUGCUGCACUAAACCUCCCGCUACGCACAGGGUCCGGGGAAGGGUCCCACCGCAACUGUGUAUUGCACGCAGCUUUACCUUACAUUUCUGCCAGAGGCUGUUUCCAUGGCGGAGCCACCUUUGCUCCGGGGGUUUCAUCCGAACCCCCUACACAUAAAAUUACACUGUUUUUAUACAAUUUUUAAAUGGUUAAAAAUAUUUUUUAUGUAGAUAUAGUAGAUGUUGAACGUCCUUCGACUAAUUCGUAUGUAUACUUCUGAAUUCCUCAAUGAAAAUCCUGGCUCCGCCAUUGAUCUUAAUCACCAUUAUCAUAAUAUGCUGCUUCAUCAUUGUACAUAUGUACAAAAUCAUCUUAGUGUGCCCCCGAUAAUACCCAGUGACGCAGCCAGGAUGUUCACCGAAGGGUUCACAAUACUACGAAGAAGUAAAUACGCGAAGAAGUCACCGUGUGUAAGCAAGCAUAAAAGGCUCUCUUACCCACAGUCUAUAUGGAUUUAUUUUUUUUCGGUUUUCCAUCCGAUGUUCGUUUUUUAUAUUGAGGCUUGACUAAUUCAGAUGUAGUGUUAUUUUAUUUAUUUUUUCCGAUUUUCAAGUCGGUGUUUGGUUUCUAUAUUAGGGCUUGACUACCUAUCAAGUUUUUUUGAUAUUGAGGACUUAAAUUCAA